AUGGAAGACCUCCAAUCGGUCGAAGAGUCUGCCGCCAGGCAGCAGUGGAGCGACAUCGUCGAAUAUUGCCGCAAGGUUCGCCGAAUUCCCUCUCAUUCCCCGUCCAAAGGAGACCACGACUACGUACUGACAUUCGCCCAUGUUUGUUUCAACCAACAGCAUCGGAUCCCGUUUGUCGAUCCAUCAUUUCCUCCAGCGGCAAAGUCCCUUUAUAAAAAAGUAAGACCAGGAUACGACAGAAACGAAGUCGAUCGGUGGUUGCGGCCGAACGAGAUGGUGACAGAGGUCGAUCCCGCUGUAAAAUGGGCAGUGUAUAGGACUCCUUUACCUUCCGACAUCACGCAAGGCAUCCUUGGAAACUGCUGGCUCUUGAGCGCCCUGGCCGUCCUGGCCGAACGCAGCGAGCUCGUCGAAAGGAUCAUGGUGACGAAACAAGUAUGUCCCGAAGGGGCUUACCAAGUUCGUUUGUGCAGAGACGGCCGUUGGACCACAGUCCUCAUCGAUGAUCUCUUACCCUGCAAUCGACGUAGAUAUCCGGUGUACUCUCAGGCAAAAAGGAAGCAGCUGUGGGUCCCAUUCAUCGAGAAGGCAGUGGCAAAGCUAUUCGGUUGUUACGAAGCAUUGACCGCAGGGCGUGCAAUCGAAGGACUGGCCCUCCUGACCGGGGCUGCAUGCGAGUCGCUCUCUCUCCACCCAUCCUCGAUGCUCUGCGAGGAGACACUGGAGCCCGACCUCAUCUGGGCCAAGCUGGCCUCCAGCCGUGAAGCAGGGUUCCUCAUAGGCGCUUCGUGCGGCGGAGGGAGCAAGAACGUCAGCGAAGAGGAAUAUAAGCGGAUGGGUUUGAGUUCCAGCCACGCAUAUUCCGUGUUGGACGUUCAAAUCGUUGGAGGCGAGCGAUUGCUUCGCAUGAGGAACCCAUGGGGUCACUCUUCUUGGAGGGGGGAUUGGUCUGAUCGCUCUUCAAGAUGGACUGCCAAUCUCAGAGAAAUGUAUAUGGCCCAUGGAGCGGGAGAGGGAGUGUUUUGGAUUCCUUUCAAGGAUGUUCUCAGGUAUUUUGACUGCAUCGACAUAUGCAAAGUUCACAAUGGCUGGAUCGAAGCGCGCUUGGAGGGACUCCUUCCGCCCUGCGCAUCUAACACCCAUUCUUCCGUCAUCAUCCUCACCGUGCUCGAGUCCACCGAAGUCGAACUCACCCUCUUUCAAGAGGGAUUGAGGAAUUCAUCGAGAUCUAAUCGAUACCAACAGGACCUAAGCAUUCUAGUCGUGCGAACCACCACCGAGCGAUCGGACCAGCCCGUUUUCGGGAGUUACGUGACUCACGCCGGGGGACACGUUGGGGGUUGUGUCGACUGCCAUUCCGUGCUCGAGAUUGGCCAGUACCUCGUUUGCCCUAUGUCUUACAAUCACUGGAAUACUGGUAUGGAGGAUGCACAGCAGUACCCGAAGUAUGUUCUAGCUCUGCACAGUUCACUGCCAGUUUUUGCCGAGAAAGUCACUGCCCCUGCAUAUCAUCAUGCGGAUGGCAUCAUUGCACUUACCUUGGCCAAAGGACAUAGACCAAAAAUCCUCGUGACGAUAGAAAAUCGACAGCCCGAGAACUGGGUCCAAGUGAUGUGCGAUUGCGCGAAUAGCUUCGGCGUCGUCUCGACGAGAGGAGAGCUGAAGACGGUUGACUCCGUUCCCCCCUUGCAUAGACAGGUGGUGAUGGUGCUGACCCAGCUGGAGGGGAGCGGCGGUUACAGAAUCUCCUAUCAAAUGUCUUACUGCAUGAUGGCAGGCGCAGGACUCCGCGACAGGAGGUUCUCGAGUGCGAACCACCAUCCACCCCUGACACAUUCCGUGUCCGGCCUCCACAUUCCUCGUCCCAUCUGACAAUUUUUUCUUCCUUUUUUUUCAUUGUUGAAAUUCUCUUGAAGGCAUCGGGUGCCUUGUUCGUUGAGUGCGAUACUCAUAUAUACGUAUUUUUGUAUUGAAAACUUUGAAUAAUAUAUAUGUCGAGGC